GUUGCAAAAUCAAAGCGCUGCGGGCCAAGACGAACACGUACAUCAAGACCCCCGUUCGUGGAGAAGAACCCGUCUUCGUCGUCACGGGUCGGAAAGAGGACGUAGCCAUGGCCAAAAGGGAAAUCCUCUCCGCCGCCGAGCACUUCUCCAUGAUCCGAGCGUCGCGUAACAAGAACGGCCCUGCCCUGGGGGGUUUGCCCGGUACCCCCAACCUGCCGGGCCAGACGACGGUGCAAGUCCGGGUGCCUUACCGCGUCGUGGGGUUGGUGGUCGGACCUAAAGGAGCCACGAUCAAAAGGAUCCAGCAGCAGACCCACACCUACAUCGUCACUCCCAGCAGGGAUAAGGAGCCAGUCUUCGAAGUCACCGGCAUGCCCGAAAACGUGGACCGGGCGCGCGAGGAGAUCGAGAUGCACAUCGCCAUGCGGACGGGCAACUACAUUGAGCUGAACGAGGAGAACGAUUUCCACUACAACGGUACGGACGUCAGCUUCGAAGGGGCCGCUUUGGGAUCGGCGUGGUUGGCUUCUAAUCCCGUCCCUCCCGGCCGCGCCAGGAUGAUCUCCAAUUACAGGAACGACAGCUCCAGCUCCUUGGGAAGCGGCUCCACCGAUUCCUAUUUUGGAAGCAAUAGGUUGGCUGAUUUCAGCCCCACGAGUCCCUUCAGCACGGGCAACUUCUGGUUUGGGGAAACGCUGCCUUCGGUGGGCGCCGAAGACCUCGCGCUCGACUCUCCGGCCUACGACUCGUUACCGACGCCUUCCCAAACCAUUUGGACCCCUUUUGAACCCGUCAACCCGCUCUCCGGCUUCGGUAGCGAACCCGUUAGUAACGCCAAGCCUCAACGCCGAGGGAGCCAACCGUCGACUCCUCGCUUGUCGCCCACCUUCCCCGAAAGUUUGGAUCACCCGUUGGCUCGGAGGGUGAGGAGCGACCCGCCAAACGGCGGCCACCAAGGCGGCCUUCCCAUCUACAUCCCCGCUUUCUCCAACGGUACCAACAGUUACUCCUCUUCCAACGGUGGCUCCACCUCCAGCUCGCCCCCCGAAUCGCGACGGAAACACGACUGCGUGAUUUGCUUCGAGAGCGAAGUCAUCGCGGCCCUGGUCCCUUGUGGCCACAACCUCUUCUGCAUGGAGUGCGCCAACAAGAUCUGCGAGAAGGAGACGCCGGCGUGUCCCGUUUGCCAGACGGCUGUUACUCAGGCAAUCCAAAUUCACUCUUAA